UUAUCAAAACAUACUAUCUUUGACAGAUGGUGGUCUGAUUAUUUAAAGCUCAAGGUCGACAGGGCCCACUGCUGCUUUUUUGAGUCUCUCCAAUCAUCAGGCCCAGCCAGUGGUGCACUCUGAACUGGUCAACAACAUCAGAUGAGUAACUCUCCUGCUGCUACAAGAAGUGGUGAAGAACCACUAGCUCCAAUGGAAUCUAACAUAGAUGAAGAAGCAUUCGCUUACAGUACUGCACCAAUGACAGUAGGGACGCUCUCAGCAACACCUGACCGUCGUAAGAACAGAGCUUCACCACAAGUGGUGGAUUCGGACAGUCCUCAGUCAGCAAGUAAAGAUCUAUCACCACCGCCAUCUUCUUUACCAUCUACUGACCCAAAGGCCCUGGAGGACAACCCGAGCGGACCUAAAACCACUCCAGCUGGGGGACAUACAUUGAUGAUGGAAGAGAACUCACAUUUAGCAUCACACCAGCAGCAUCAUUUGCAUCCUGCAUCACGCACAAUACAUCACAGCUCCAAUAAUUUUUUUGCUAAUUUACAGGCUGAGAGCUUCCCUGCUAGUAGUACUAACAUUGGUUCGGUGUCACAGGUACAUGUACAGGACCAGCAAUCGCCACUUCACAAACCUACAGAGAACUUAUCUUCGCAAUUCAGUAAACCACAGCUUGUUUCUACUUCUCCUAUAACUCGUAGAGUUGCUACUGAUUCUCCGUCUCUCUCUCCUCCUCCUCCUCCUCAGCCUCAUCAGACUCAUCUACAGCCUCCAGCUAUUCACUCCAGGAGCAGUUCUAGUAAUAAUUUCUUUGAGCGGCAGAGAUCAUCAGGAGAUGAUACUGGUGAUUCUGUUUUUUCUUUACGUAAAUCUGCUUCUCCUGAGAACUCGUACUCCUCCUUACCCAGCAGACUCAAUGAGGCCCAGUCUAGCAGUAGUCCCCGUCCUCCUCUUCACACUGUCUCCACCAUGCCUCCUCGUAAAACUGUUUCUCCUGCUGUUAAUGUUCUUCCUUCACCGAAUGCACCAUACGACAUUACACAAGAACAUCAAUUAUUAUCAAACCAUGCCUCACCUUAUGCACCAGUACAGCACAAUACCCUGUACCAUCCUCCCUCUAAUCCUCAUGUUUUAUCGUCACACGCUCACAUGCACGGAUUACAUUAUUCAGGCCUGCCUCAGGUUAGUUCUGGAGCUUUUUCUUCCCCACCUAUGGUGCCUCAAAUGCCUCCACAGCCUCAAAUGCCUCCACAGCCUCAUCAUAUGUAUUAUGAAACACAUCAGAGACCAGAGGAGCACUUAUUGAGGCGAGUACAGACUGAUCAGCAUAGACCUCUUUCUCAAGCAAGACCACACAUGGUUCAAGGGGUACCACCAUAUCAUCAUCAUGGGAGCAUUCAUCACGUGAACCCAAUUGUACUGCAACAUGUGAGACCAGAGAUGGUAGAAGCAAGACCACAGUUAGUGAAUGAGCCACUGGAACAGACCCAGUAUCACUCUCUACCACAUCAUAAUGUUGUUAACUAUCCAGUCCAUCCUGUACCUCUUGCCUCUCAACGAGAAGCGCCUCGUCCAUCAAACCCAGUCACUACUACUAAUGAUAGACCAAAGUUGACAGGGUAUACUGAAGUGUCUCAUCCUAUAUCUAGUGAUAAUGGGUCACCAGUCCCAGUUAGUGCUCACCAGGGACAGUAUGUGGGCCCCGUGGGGUAUCCUGUUACACAAGAAACUGAUCAUGAAGAUAAAUCAACUAGCUCUUUUUAUUCUGCUGAAGGUGGGCCUGCAUCACUUCCAAAGACUCCAAAAGAUCCGUGGGUUCCUCUUAUUCAAAAGUAUAUGGAGCUAUUGGAGAAGAAAUCAACUAGUUUAUCUGUUCCAAGAGAUAAGUCGCCUAAUCCAAGCAGUGAUGCUAGCAGCAAGACGCAGCAAUAUCCUCGAAACAGCAGACACGCUAAACAGAAGAAAGACGAUCAGUCACUUUUACAGAAAGAGCUUGAUAAAGCAUACGAAAGGAUUAGCUCGUUAGAAAUCAGAGUGCAAGACCUGACUGCCCAGGUUACAUCAGAGAUACCAGAAGACAGAGACUUAUCUCUCCUUUCACGCCAGAAGCUAGAACAAGAUUAUAAAAAGAUGAGAGAACUGAAGAAGAAAGCAGAGAUGCAAAGUAUGGAAGCAAAGCAAACAGCUCAAAGACUCAUUGCUGAGAACUUUCGUUUAAAAGAGGAACUGUCUCAGUUGAAAAACGAAUACGAUAUGUUGCUGGUUGAACUGAGGAGAAUGAGACGAAAGACAACAGAGAGAGAACAAUGGAGAGACGAGAAGGUUGAAGCUAUGAGAAAAUCUUUUCGUGAAGCAGUUGAAAUGAAUUUUAAAGACUUUGAAUUGACAGGUGGUCGUGGAGCACUCAUAGCUGAAGUAUCAGAUUAUCCAACUGAAGACUUUAGUCUUGAGCUGUUUUGGAAGAUAAUAAAGGAGGAGGAAGCUGAUUUCACUGUAGGUCAAGUUGCUUUGAUGGGUUUACCUUCAGCUGGCAAGACAACGUUACUAAAGUCCCUUUUAGAGAAGGAGCUCGGUGGCCAGAUACCAGAGCCAAGAAAUGGAGAGCCAACUUGCAUUGAGUUCUAUGAACUAUUGGCCACCAUUAAUCCACUGACUGGUGACUCGAAGUGGAAGAAUAUACCUGGUAUUGAUUCAGCUGCAGAAUUUCUAGCAAGAGUAACCGCAAAGUAUUAUUAUCGUCAGAAGCGUAGCCCGUCCUUUGCUACCGACUCAAUAGCUGGACCACUGUCUAAGCUUUUCCCUUCUAUGAGUGAGGUAGCUGUCAAGAGUACGUUAGAGAAGCUCUUCAAGAAAGUGAAGGCAUUGCUUGAGGAAGAGAAAAAGGAGGACAGCAUGACACAGCUAGCCCUCUUUCAACCUCUGUAUAUGAAUGUGUGGGAUGUUGGUACGAAUCGUGCUCUUUUUUCACAGUUACUGCCAGUAGUGGCUGGCCACAGUAAGCAGCUUGUUAUACUCAACGUCAUUGAUCUUGAGCGAGAUGUCCCCACAGCAACUGCUGAGCCACCGAGAAUGUCUUAUGAGAGAUACCAGAAGAGAGGAGAUGAUAAAAUAUUUAUGCAGCUCUACAGCAAAUUUGAGUAUUUUAUGUUAAUAGCUGGUCUGAAGAAAUGGUUCAAUUCUGAUAUUUCUCCAACUGAUAAGCCGUAUGAUGUCACACUGGUCGGUACGUACACUAAACAGCUCUUGACAGAGAAGGGAGAAGAAGGAGUCAAAGAGCUCGUUGAUCUACUCAAGAAGCAUGUCCUCUUGUGGGCAACAGAGUUUGGUAUUUCAAGCAUCAUCAAUCCGAAUAUUUUGACGUUUUGUAUCGAUGGAGACAAGGUUCUCAGAGAUAGAGAGCUCUCAGCUGUAAAGGACUCAAUACAGAGUCUUGUCAAAGCCCAUGCAAAGAAUUUGACCAUAUUGAAGUCAUUCCCGGCUAAAUAUUCUCUUUUACGUAGUGUCCUUUACAAUCCUACUAGUAUCUCUAUAUCAUUGAAGCGUUUAUCAGUCUUGGCUCGUUCCUGUUGUAUCUAUACUGAGGAUAGUUUAAAGGAGUGUCUUCUUGUGUUCCGAAACAUUGGCUCUAUAAUCUUCAAUCCUGAAAUGGAUCCAAGGACAGAGCAGUUAUUUAUCAUCAUUGAUGUCUCCCGAAUGAUCAAGUUCUUAGAUAGGCUCUUUUAUAUAGAGCACUAUCACUCAACUCGUGCCCUUGACCUCUCAACAGAAGAGAAGCAGUACCUCAACUAUUACAGACAUGGCCUUGUCACUACAAAUAUUGCACAGAAGCUCUUCACUAAAAGUGAGUAUCAGUCUGUCCUUUGGUACUUGUCGUUCUGCAAGGUAGCAGUUGAAGUCAAAGUCCAUGACAAGCAGUUGCACUUCAUGCCUUCACUGAGGAACAAGGCCAAUACUUCAUCCCCGCGUCAGCUUAGUCUCUAUGUUCAGUUUGACAGGCAUUACUUCCAGUGUGAUCAACUGGUUCUUUUUCAUCACAAGCUCACAAAAGCUUUUCCAUUACCUGACAGUGUCGAGAUUGAUCCCUGCGAUGAAUUCAAUAUGACUCGCUUUAAAUACAAGUCGGGCUCUGACAGCAACAGUUCUCUCAUUAUUGAGAUAAUAUACCACAAGAGUGUCAUUGAAGUCAGAGUCCUGGCUAGUGACUCACACGGGGAGGAGCAGGGAUUGCUCAACAUUUCUCUGUGUUCUAAAAUUCUAAAUCUCUGUAAAUUAGUGUACGACGACGUUUGUAAUAACGUACAGAUAGGUCUUAAGUAUCAUUUUGGUUUGUUUUGUCCUCGUAAUGAUCCUGAUAAUGUUGACCCCCACUACUUUAAGUUCAGCCCUGGAGAAAGGAAAUCACUGUACUGCAAUGAAUGUGAAGCUGAUGUCCAGGAACUGAUAAAGGAUGAUCGCUUACAUUGGAUUAAUGCAGAAAUUAAUAAAGACUUGUAGGUAGAACUUUCAAUUCAUUUAUUCUCUUUACACAUUGUUCAGACUAUUGUGCAUAACUUUUAGUCUAUAGUUAUUGCAAUUAAUUUCAUGAUUAAAUUUUGUCAAAAAAUCACAAAUUAAAGUUUUUCAGUGUUUAAUCACUGGUU